AUUUUGGAAAAUUUUAUGGUUUUAAUAGAUAUAAUUUAUUAUACUUUGUUUAAUAUAAAAAAAGUUCGGCUAAAAGAUUUUAUAAUUUAAAUUUACCUUUCAUGAUCAUACAGUUGUACCAUAGUAUUGUGUGUAUUGUGAGAAUUUUUAUGGCUUUAUUUUUUAAGUUUGUCAAUCUCGGAGAGAUAAAUAUGUGUAAGUUGAUGAUCAGCUUUAGGAGUCCCCGUUCUAACAAUUAUUAUCGUUACAUCAAAAAAAAAUUUUUUUCCUUAUUAGGUAGAUAUUCCCCGGUUUUUUUUUGGGUCGGGUCCCUUUUUUUUUUUUGGUCGAGUAGAAGUUUUUUUUUUUAAAAUAAAAAAAAUUUGAUUUAUUCAGAUAACAAUUUUGUCACAAAU